UAUAUCAGGGAGGCCUAAAUUUACUGCCGACAGUGGCCCGGUACCUAGACGAAAUGUUAAGUUUUGCGAUGAAAUGAGUUCUUGACAAGUUUCAUAGCCGGUGCAUUAUCGACCUCAGACCUUCUUGUCGCUGUUGUUAUUUAUUGGUUCUUCUUUCUCCGAGAUGACGGAAGAAUUGUCGCAAUGUGACAAGGAAACAAACAGAGAACCGACUGACGGUAUUACUAUCAAGGCGGAUUUUGCCGGCUCUCGGUCUGGAGGACUCUUUCUCGUGCAUAAGAUGUCGCGGAGUUUUCUAUUUUUAAGUCUGUACCUUUCUCACGUUCUAUUUUUGAACAUUCAAACAGCUGCUUCCACAAUCCCAACAGAAAAUUCCUCCAAAAAGCCAUCUCUUUCUUCGCAAGAGAAAGCUGAGCGUGUAAGCGGGUUUGUUAUCGCUUAUUUCGUCAACUUGGUUGUAGUUGCGGCCAUGCUCUACUGGUUAUCACGUCAAACGAAAAAGAAUACGGCAAAAAGAGAUGACUUGCAGAUGAACACGUCGCCGCUGUGCAAACCAGCGGCAACAUUCCUGGAGUCUAACAAAGAACCGGAAGUUAGCAUAACCAACCAAGCAUUUGCUGAAGACUCCGAGAGUCCAGAGAAUGCAACUGCCACUGAAUCACGGGAAGCAAUAGUUGUUUUUAAUGAUGAUACCAAGUUUUAAGUUGUGGACAAACAAAAGAUAAACUUCAUUUCCAUCGUAAAGUCUAGUGAAUUUAUUCAUCAAACGCCUUGUUACUUAAUAUCUUUACCGAGUCACAUUGAUUCUCCUUUUAUCGCUAGUUUGCUCUGCGGCCUUGGUAUCUCAUAGCUGACUCGCCUUAUAUCAUAAAAGUCGAGGAAGAAACUUGAUCAGAAAAAAGGGAUUUUUAUAAUAAUUAAGAUUGGCAGUAGAAUCUUAUAUGUAGCUACUCUAAGGUUAUGGGAUAGUCGGUCAACUUUCUUAUUCUUCCUAACUCUGAGACAAACCCGUCUUGAUUAGAAGAGUAUUUCACUUCUUGAAAACAUCGAUGCUAUGUUGUCCGUUCACAUCACCAAUCUAGGAAUUGGAUGAUGCUUUUCAGUCCACAACAGGAAGAUCACCGGCGGCCAUGAGAGUAGAAUUGAUUGCAUCCUCGGGCAUGCGCAAAACAAGUAUUUUUCCAACAAAGUACCUAAAAAAGAUAGCAGUAAAGUCAGCCUUUUCACAUAACAAUAAAUUGGCAACUGGUCGCCGGGA